AUGGCUGACUAUGUAGCCACAGGGAAGGGGGAAGUGGGAAAGGGUAAGGAAGCCCUCGGACAGAGCGAAACGAGGGUAGAAAACGUCUUCGAACAACGCAAGGUCCCUCAACUGCUUGCACCAACCCGGACGCGUGCCAACCGACGAAUCAAAACAGGAGAAUCCACUCUAUCGCCCGAUGCAUCUAUCUCCAUCUAUACUCAUCCGAUCCCCUUUGGUCCUCUGUAG